AUUUCCGAAUGACUUUUGACUUGUUUUUAUAGGUGUGUAUGUGUUUGACUUUUAAUUGUUUAUUUUAUAUUUGCAGUGUAAUAACUCAACGUAUAUAAUUCAAUAAACGAAAAUUUCAUAAAAUAUAUUAUGUUUAGAUUGGUCAGAGCACAAAAGUUUUUCCUAAAUUGAGUUUGUCUAAUUAAUAAAAUGUUGUUUGACAAUAUACGUAAGUGCUUAGAAGACCCAAAAUAUCUUAACUACGAUGAGGCUUGUAUCGAUAUCAUUAAUACUUUGCAAAACAAAGUGUUUAUAUGUGGUCAAUACGAUGAGUGUCAUAAAUGCACUUCUCAAAACUUAACGCAAUUGGAACCAUUUGGAAACACCUCCAUUGUUGUUAAUACAAGAUCUCCAAUUUCCUUGUAUUAUACACAAGUUAACUCAACACGUGAACAAUGCCUCAUAAAACAGUUGUUAUAUGAGCAUUAUCGUUAUAAAUGGAAUAUUACUGAUAACUGUUCUCCAAUUUAUAUUAAAGAGCCUGCAGACAAUGCUUACUUACCAAUUUUAAUGGCUUUUGUGGUACUUUUCUGUUUUGGAACAAUGUGGUAUAUGGUAAAAUGUAUUUAUAAGAACAGUGGAAGACUUAGACGACUUUUAACAUGGAACACUGAAAUAGAAGAAGAUUUAGGAGGUUCUUCUCCUGGUACGCCAUUGGUAAUCGAAAGGACACCACCGAUACGUAAACACCCUCAUCGUAUUAAGUCGGUAGAUGUAUUCAGGGGCCUUGCUAUUAUCCUUAUGAUAUUUGUCAAUUAUGGAGGUGGACAAUAUUGGUUUUUUCAACACUCUGUAUGGAAUGGAAUUACUAUUGCAGAUCUUGUCUUUCCUUGGUUCUUAUGGGUGAUGGGAUUGUCGUUAACAGUUUCAUUUCAAAGUAAGUUGAGGCGUGCAGUGCCAAGACGUCAAAUGGUUUUUCAUGUAAUUCGCCGUUCCUUUACAUUAAUUCUCUUGGGAGUGAUAAUUAACUCAAAUAAAAAUAUGUCGACUAUAGCCGAUUUAAGAUUUCCUGGAGUCUUACAACGUAUAGGAAUAACCUAUUUAGUAGUUGGUAUUUUGGAAGUUAUAUUUACGAAAAGAUUAGAAAUUGAUAAUAUCCCAAUAGUCCAUGACAUUACAGUGGCUUGGCCACAAUGGAUAUUUGUUAUUUGUCUUAUUAUUAUUCACACAUGUGUGACAUUUUUGGCAGAAGUGCCUGGUUGCCCAAAGGGGUACAUAGGACCCGGUGGCUUAGAUGAAUCUGGUCAAUAUUACAAUUGUACAGGAGGUGUGGCUGGGUAUAUAGAUAGGAACAUUUUUGGAAAUCAUAUGUACAAAAAUCCACCUUGCCACAAAUUAUAUGAAACUAAAGUGUAUUACGAUCCAGAAGGUAUUUUGGGAACACUUACAUCAAUUCUUACAGUAUAUUUAGGGGUCCAGGCAGGAAGAACAUUAAACACAUUUCAAAAUGUUAAAGCUAAAGUGCUACGUUGGACUAUAUGGGGUGUUAUAACCGGGAUUCUGGGCGGAGCUUUAUGUUCGUUCUCGCGAGACAACGGGCCUAUUCCAAUAAAUAAACAACUGUGGUCACUCUCAUUUGUUCUUGUGACAGCAGGAAUGGCUUUCAUUAUACAGGCAUUUUUGUUUCUGAUAGUUGACAUUUUACGGAAGUGGGGUGGUAGACCUUUCUUUUAUCCAGGAAUGAAUUCAAUUUUUUUGUACGUUGGUCAUGAAUUAAUGAAGAACACAUUUCCGUUUGCUUGGAAGCCUACUGCAGAAACUCAUGCCACAUAUUUGUUUAUGAAUCUUUGGGGUACCUUCUUGUGGGUGUCCAUCUCUAUAUUUUUGUAUAAACGAAAUCUAUUUUUAACUAUUUAAAUCUUAUUUUGAGUGUUUUGUUAUAUCUUAUAGGAAAUUAUAUAUGUUUCUUUGAGUAAAUCUCAUUGACUGAUUCUCAUUCUGAUAACAUAAAGUAUAUUAGAAAAUUGUGAUAGUAUAAUUAUUAUUUGUUAAUAGUAAUUUUAACUAUUGAGUUAUGAAAUGUAUAUUUCUAAAUAAAUUAAUAAUAAUAAUAUUUCUAUAUCUAUGCUUAUAUUAACAA